AUGAGGAUCUUAAUUUCUUUACCACUUCUUAUUGCUGCUGCUACAGCGCAAUCAGUAAUUGAAAGCUUGAGCUUUGGCUAUGGUCAAACUAUAUCGCCAAACACAGACUCGAUCCCCGGCUGGCAUAUCGGGGGAGAGGGCCAUACACCACAGAUUCUCUCGAACAAACUCAUCCUAACACCCCCCUAUCCAGGGAACACUCGAGGCUAUGCCUGGUCGCAGAACCCUCUAUCUCAACCGGAAUGGACAGUGGAGUUCCAGUUCCGCGCCACUGGUGUGGAGAGAGGAGGUGGAAACCUCCAGUUAUGGUAUGUGAAGGAUGGGCGAGACAGAAUCGGCUCCUCUAGUAUCUACACUGCUGGCCAGUUCGACGGCUUUGCGCUUGUCAUUGAUACGCAUGGUGGAAGGGGCGGAAGCAUUCGAGGCUUCCUCAAUGAUGGCAAAACGGACUACAAGAGCCACAGAAGCGUAGACAGCUUGGCUUUUGGGCACUGUGACUAUGCCUACAGAAACCUGGGCCGCCCUUCAGUCGUGCGCGUGAAGCAGACCAACUCUAUCUUCGAAGUGACCGUGGAUGACAGGCUGUGCUUUUCGACCAACAAGGUUGCCCUUCCUGUUGGCAACAACUUCGGAUUGACAGCCGCCACCCCUGAAAACCCAGACUCCUUCGAGGUCUUCAAGUUCAUCUUGCAGUCGACCCCGUCCGGGACCAAUGGAGCGCCCCCUGUCCAACAGCAGACCAACCAGCAACCGAUUGCCAAUCAACAACAGGCUGCCCCCGUCGACACUAGCGCAGUGAAGCCCGACUCAUUCAGUGACCUGAGCAAUCGUCUCAAGAGCGUCAACGACGCCACCAACAGCAUCGCCCGCGACAUCAGCGCCCAACUCUCCAAGGCCGAGAACCGCCACGUAGAGCUUCUCCAGAAGCUCUCCACCAAGGAACAGGUCGCAGGCCUAGACGCACGGCUGCAGAAGAUUGAGCAGCUGCUACAGAACGUCCAGCGUGACCUGGAAGGCAAAGACUACCGCAACAGCUUCAACCAGCUCCAUGAGACCCUCCGCUCCUCGCACAUGAGCUUGUCCGAGAACCUCCAAGGCACCCUUGGCAGCGUCAUCACCGCCUCCACCCCGCGCAUGGGCUUCUUCAUCGGUCUCCUCAUUGCCGUGCAGCUUCUCCUCGCUGGCUCAUACAUCAUCUACAAGCGCCGCCGCGCCAACAUGCCCAAGAAGUUCCUCUAG